AUGUUACCUUAUGCAUGUUUUUUGCAGACAUUAAUAUUUUAUAUAAAUUUCUUAUCAUUCUUUUCACCAGCGAAUUGUGAUCGCUUUAUAGAUGGUAGUGACAAUAAUUUAAUAUACCCAACUGCUGGAACACCAAAUCAACCUUUUUUAAGAGAAAAUACAGAAACAAACUACAAUGCUGAUGGUUCUCCAGUAAAUUCACCAACUGCCUUACUUUAUGGUACAAAUGUAACUGCGCAAACAAAAGCAACAAUUAAGUGCACUGAUCCAUUACCCAAUGGAACAUAUCCAAUGCCGCGUUGUUAUUCUGAUAUAAUGUGCAUGUAUAUUGUGCAGCAAAAUGACAUAAACACAAUUUCGAGUUAUCUUUCAAAUAGGUCGACGAGUCAUUUGGCCACCUUUUUUGCUCAGUAUAUUUCAUUCGACAUUACAUCAUCAAAAAAUACUUUGAAUACUUAUCCGAUGUUUUUACCUGCUGAUGAUCCCUUCUAUGUUCUGAAUGGGUCAUCCCCAAACUCUCCCCAAAUUGAUGUAAAUUUUUUACCUGCCAAUCGAUCAGCAGGCAAUGAUGGUACCAAUCAAUUUACUAGUGGGAUAAAUCAAGUUACUCCUUUUCUUGAUCUAAAUAAUAUUUAUAGUAGUAAUGAUACUUUAAUGUUGAAUAAAUUUCGUGAUACUUCGAGUAAACGUGGAAAAUUAAAAGUAUCAAUUGCUAGUAACGGUGAUUAUUAUCCACCAAAAGAUUCUACUGGUGAUUAUGAUUUGGGUGCUACUUCCACGCGUUCUCGUAAUAUAUUUACUUUAGCUAUUCAGACAAUUUGGAUACGAGAGCAUAAUCGUAUGUGUGAUGAAUUAUAUCAAAUUCAUCAAGAUUCUUGGACGGAUGACCAAUAUUUUCAGGAAGCUAGACGUUGGACUACAGCUUUUUAUCAAAAAACUGUUGCAGAGGAAUAUAUUGGUGCAGUUCUUGGUCGUCCCUUACCAGCCUACCAAAGCUAUAAUCCAAAUAUUAAACCAGGGAUAGAUACAUUUUUCGCGACAGUUUCAUUCCGUUACGGCCAUAGUGAAUUAAGUGAUACUUAUCAGAUUAGAGAUGAUUACGGUGACGUACUUACUAAUGUUGCAUUGAACGAUAUUAAAGACCUUACACUAUUGGAAAGUUUUGGAGUGGAGAAAGUGUUAUUGUCGAUGAUACUUCAACGUCAAGAGGAGGUUAAUAUUUUCAUGGUAAAUUCAACCAAAAAAGCCAUUGGUCCUGACAAAAACACUUAUGAUAUAGCAGCUUUUGAUUUAAUAAGAUCAAGAGAUCGUGUGAGGCAAUUCUUUAAUUUGCCACUGGCUCAAACAUUUGCUGAUAUUUCAAAUCGUACCGAUAUUCAAGCAAACUUGGCAAAGUUAUAUCCUGAUGUUGACCAUGUAGAGGCGUUGGUUGGUGUUAUGUGUGAACCGCAUUUGGAUGGUUCUAAUUUCGGCAUGACCAUGAAUGCAAGCAUUACAACACAGUUUUCAAACAUUCGAGAUUCAGAUAGGUUUUGGUAUGAAAAUGAAGGCAUGUUUACUAAAGAAGAACAAUUAAUUUUACGAAAUACAACACUUAGAGAUAUUAUUGUUCGUAAUAUAAACUCUGCUGGUUUUCCGCAAAAUAUUUGGAGUGUCCAACCUAUAUUUAAAAUUGAUAGCAGUCAAGAUGUUUCUUAUCCAAAUUCGAUUAAAAACUGGCCUCAAUAUAUAGUGAGUUACAAUGUCGAUCAUUAUUACAUAUAUUUCAAAGUUCAAUUACAGACUUUCAAUGGCAACGGAUGGUUCGGAAUGGGAUUUAAUCCAGAUGAUAAUGGAAUGACAAAUGCAGACUUUAUUAUUGGAUCUGUUUCAAAUGGAAACAAUGUUUUGUUAGCAAAUUAUGUUGCAGUUUCUGGUGGUUACCAUCCUCCCACUCUUGAUCCUAAUCAAGAUCCAGACCUUGCAUCUUCUUUGUCAUAUUCGUUUGUUAAUGAUAUUGCGGUCAUAACUUUCAAAAGAGCUCUUUCUCCUACUGCAAUAGGAAGAAAGAAGAUCUUACACGGUCAAACAAAAUUUAUCAUGGCUUAUAAUCCAAAUAGUCAUAUAUUAUCUUAUCACCAAAAUAAUCGUAUUUUGCAAUUAAUUGACUUUUACAGUGGCGAAAUUUCUUCUUCAACUGCAACUCAACUUAAAAUGGCUACUCAUCUUGUCCAUGGUUUGGGAAUGAUCGUUACGUGGUGCAUUGUAUUCCCCGGAUCAAUAUUCUUUGUUCGGUACUAUAAACACCAUCAUAUGCAUCUUAAAUAUCACCGGUUUUUUCAAUUGGUUGGUAGUAUUUCUGUAUCAACGUUUGGAGCUGCUGCUAUAACCACAGUAGUAUCGGUACAAACACCACAUGCCUGGUUGGGAUUAUGCGUAUAUGUCGCAUCAUUUAUUGAAACAGCAUUUGGUUUAAUUGCAAUGUGGGGACAAACUGCUGUUGUAUCGGUUAAUAAGGGUUAUCCAAGACUUACAAAACGGUUUCAUCAAAUAUUUGGGGGUACACUAUUAAUUGCAGCAUGUAAUACGACCUGGUGGACGGUUGCUUAUUUAUGUUGGAUAUUUUUAUUAAUCUUUCAUUUUGUAAUGGGCGAACUUUGGUGGCGGUUUGAAAUUUUUAGAAAAUUCAGGCCUUCUGAAGAAGAGAAAGAAAAAAAAAUUCUGCUUCAUUCUCACAUCAGCCUUGAUGAUUACACCAAACUACCUGAAUAUACUUGGGAAGAAUUUAAUGAACGAGUUCAAUUUGGCGCUUAUCUUGUUGUUUGUGAUGGACUUGUGGUAGAUAUUCGCAAAUGGAUUAAUUCGCAUCCAGGCGGGAGUCAUAUACUUGAGAAGGUUAUUGGAACAGAUAUCACGAAUGAUUUUUAUAAUAAGCAUAAGUAUAAUUAUAUUAAUGAAGAAUUUGAUUCACCGGAAGUACCAUUAAUAUCAAAUGGUAAUCCUGGAAUGAAAUCAUCUAUGCUAGAAAAAUACACAAAUCAUCUUAGAGGAAACAUUGCUCCACAAGAAAGAAGCUCAGUUUCUGACAUUAUUGAUAAUUUUAAUUCAAAAUAUUACACGAAUGUUCCUUUGGCCCAACACACCCACAGUAGAUUUGCUACUCAGACUAUGGCUUCUAUGGUAAUAGCUCGAAUAAAAGAAAAUGAAAAUACUUUAGAUGGUGCCCCUUUUGUAGUUUUAACGCCUUUUGAUAAUCAAUCCCAUUCGCCAAAUCAAAGCACUACUUGUGUCAAUGAAGAUAAUAUCAUACAAAAUAUUAAGUUUAAUAGAUAUAAACUUACAAAUAAAGAAAUGGUUAACGCAAAUAUAAACUCACCUGUGAUAAGAUUUAUAUUCACCAAAAUUUUUCUGGAUAAAAAUGCUAGUGAUGAUAAAUUCCUUCCAGGACACUAUAUUGAAUUACAAGCCAAAGUAAAGGGUCAAGUAGUAAUUAGAAAAUAUAAUCCCUUAGAAGGCAGAAUGUCUAAAUCAUUUUCAAUUUAUGUUAAAAUUUAUUCAAAUGGCCUUUUGUCGCAACAUUUGAAUAAGCAACUUAUAGGAUAUGAAAUUCUGGCUCGUGGGCCAUUUGAUGCUGGAUUACAUCUUCCGUCUAGACCAUUAUCUUUACUUGGAACUGGGCAGAAAUUAUCAUCUUUAUCACCUUUAUUUGGAACUGCAAAGACUUUAUUAAAUCCAAAUAGUCUUGAUGGCUGUUGGAAUGAAUUAUACAUGAUUGCCGGUGGUACGGGGAUAACACCGAUGAUACAGUUGAUUGUAUACCAUUUAGAAAAAUCGUUAAAAGAAAAUACUCAAUGCAAUAAUAGAAUGCAUUUACUAUUUGGAAAUAAUACAAUUGAUGAUAUUAUUGAUUUUGAAUUACUUGAAAGAUUAGCUAUUACAAGUCGUGGGCAGCUUACUGUCACAUAUAGUCUUUUGUAUCCACCUGAUGAUUGGGUUGGUCUAGAAGGAAAAAUUAGUACAAAUGUAAUAUCAAAAUGGAUGCGUCUUGUAAGAGGUGAAACUCUCCUGUCGCCAACCCCAAAUAUACCUCUCGCUUUACAGACACAUUAUACGAAAACAUUAACUCCUACAAUUCGUCAUCGAGAUGAUGAUGUAAUAAGUGAAUCUGAACCAUCAACGGGUAGGUUCGGUAGAAAGCUUGUACAAGGAAAGAUUAUUGUUUGUGGAUCACACGGUAUGAUAAACACUGCUGAGCAGGUAUUACUUGACAUGGGAUAUGAUGAAAAUGAUAUGAUUUUAUUAGUUUACUAUUGCGAUAAUAAUGGAAAUAAAGUAGAAAGAAAAGAUGGGCAUAGAACUUCCCGCGAAAGUCUUAAAGACUCAGGUCCCAUCGAUCAUAAACCUGCUAAUACGGAUGGUAAUAUUAAUAAAAUAUAUAGGCCUGGACCUUGCGACCAAAAUGGAACUGGCUUCGAAAAAGAAGAACAUCGGAAUGAAAUUAAAGCAUCUAUUCAUUAUCCGAAGCCUGCUGGAGUCAAUAAGAAUGAGACUAAG